UAUAAAAGGGGAUGAAAACAGUGUGCCGCCAUUCCGAGGUUGACACUCGUAGCAGCGCCAUCUUGUGUUGAAAGGAAAGAGUUUUAUUUAACAACAUGUUUAAAAUUACUGCUAUUGUUUCGUUAAUGCUUAUCGGCAGUACGCUUUGGGCGGCUAGUCUGUCAUGCGACUCGUGUGGUAGCGAGUGUGCGUCGGCGUGUGGCACGCGUCACUUCCGGUCCUGCUGCUUCAACUACCUGAGGAGGAAGAGGGGCCCAGAGACACUCAAGUUCCUCAACCAGAAUCAAGAAUUAGAAGGUCGUCCUAAAUCAAAGCUCCCAAUGUUUGUGGUGGAAAACAUCCCGGUACCCGAACAAUGGUUCUCCAGCUUGUCAAACGAAAACCACCCUUAUUCUCUAGAAGAUAUGAUCGAGAAUCGCGUUUACGACGCAUAAAUGACUAGCAAUCACGUUUUGAUAGAAUGACCGACUUCGUAGACUGAUCCGACUGAUAUUUUGUUAAACACAUGCUUGAAUACUAAUCAGAAAAACAAAGAAAAAUAUAUUCUAUAAUUGCUAAAAUUAAACAUGACUCAAAAGCCAAAAAAAUGAAGUAAAUAUAAAAAAAUACACUACAAUCUCAAAAGCCAAGGUAUUAAAAGAUUUUUUUUGUGUCGUAAUGUUGGUACAUAGCAAUUUCUUUUGUCAAAUAUUUGCAUUUUAUUUUUAAAAUCCUGUC